GAGAACAGAGACAGGGAGAGAGACAUGGAGAGAGGGAAUAGAGAGAGAGAAGCUUGCCCGUCUUGGGAAGUCGCUCUCGUUUUGAGCUGUAAUCCGACUCGCCGGCGCUGGUGACCACUUUUAGGGCGGCUGGAGAGAGACUGACUGGGGGUGGUGCCGUGUGUUCUGUGUCCGUGCGACGAGAGAGAGACACAGACUUGGAAUUGGCCGGUUGUUGAAAGUGUCCGGAGACUGACUGGGGGUGGUUGCGUGUCUUCUGUGUCCGUGAGACGAGAUAGACACAGAGACUUGGAAUUGGUGUGUUGUUGAAAGUGUCUGCAGAGAGACUGACUGGGGGUGGUGCCGUGUGGUUUGUGUCCGUGAGACGAGAGGGACACACAGACUUGGAAUUGGUGUGUUGUUGAAAGUGUCUGCAGAGAGACUGACUGGGGGUGGUGCCGUGUGUUCUGUGUCCGUGCGACGAGAGACACAGACUUGGAAUUGGUGUGUUGUUGAAAGUGUCUGCAGGGAGACUGACUGGGGGUGGUUGCGUGUGGUUUGUGUCCGUGCGACGAGAGAGACACAGAGACUUGGAAUUGUCCGGUUGUUGAAAGUGUCUGGAGACUGACUGGGGGUGGCUGCGUGUCUUCUGUGUCUUUGCGACGAGAGAGACACAGACUUGGAAUUGGCCGGUUGUUGAAAGUGUCUGCAGGCUGACUGGGGGUGGUGCCGCGUGGUUUGUGUCCGUGCGACGAGAGAGAGACACAGAGGCGGAGUUGAAAUUGGGCCACUUUUUGAAAGCGUCUCCUCACCCGCGUGGGUAUUUAGGAAACGGAGGUGCCACGGUGACAUCAAAGGUCGGACCAGUCCAAGCCUGAGGCAGGACACACGGAGGACGCCGUUGUCGGCUAACGGGACAGAGAGAGAUAGGUGCGCGAUGACAAUUCGAACGACGAAGUGACUCCAAUUUAUAAACGACAACAACACAAAAAUAGGGCUAAAUAUUAAUAGUGUGUGAGCUAUAAUAACAGGGGAUUUACCAAAGUCGUCGCGACGCCUUUGGGUUGCAAGGGAGGUGAUGACACGACUAUUCGUGACAGGCAGUGCGCGGCGAGACGUCAUGUCGCGUCAAACAAGUUGAACAAUUAAGGAAGGAGACUUGAAGACGUGCAAGAGUUGGUGAGAGAGAGAGAAGGGGGAGGAGAUGGAGGGAGAUACGAUGGAUGCAUCGGUCGUAGCCUGAUUGGUGCGUCCAAGGAUCAUUACCACCGGCGUUAUCAUCACCACCAACAGCAUCAUUACCACCAGCAUUACCAUCGUUACCAGCAGCAUCAUCACCACCAACAGCAUCAUUACCACCAGCAUUACCAUCGUUACCAGCAGCAUCAUCACCACCAACAGCAUCAUUACCACCAGCAUUACCAUCGUUAACAGCAGCAUCAUUAUCACCAGCAUCAUCACCAUUACCACCACCACCAUAAUCAUCAUCAUCACCAAGAGCAUACUUAUCCUCGCCAGCACCAACCAGCCUUGCCAUCAGCGAGCUCGUCCUGCAUGCAGGAGGAUUUGCAGAAAGCCAGAACCGAGGGCGUGAAAGACACACAGAGAGGGCCUCUGGCGUGACUGACCAAGACUCCCAAGUGUCACGGGGCACGCGUUCGUGUGCGGCGGGCCGCGCUGCCAGAGGAUGAGAAUGGGCUCGCGGAGGGAUUCGGAUGGUCUCUUCUUCCCGUCGGUGAUUGUGACCGCGCUCAUCGCCGCUCUGCACUUCGACUUUGUGCGACACUCUCUUGCGGCUCCCGCCGCUGCUGCAUCAUCGUCGUCAUCAUCAUCAUCAUCGGCGUUGUCAUCUUCGUCGUCGUCGUCGUCGGCGGCGUCCUCCUCUUCGCUGCCGGCAGCCCACAGGAGUCCAAGGCACGUUCAUGCGGCGGGACCCGUUCGUCUAAGGCACCUGUACAGCCCGGAGAGCCGCGGGUCAGGAGGGCAGCAUUUGCAUCUUAGAGACGACGGCACGGUGGACGGAGCGGCCCAGCAGAGUAAGCAAAGUUUGCUGGAGAUGCGCUGGGUGGACAGGGGCGUCGUAGCCAUCAAGGGCGUGAGCAGCCAGCGGUACCUGUGCAUGGACGACCACGGCGGCCUGCACGGCUCGACCGAGUACCGGGCGCGCGAGUGCGCCUUUCGCGAGCGCACCCUGCCCGACGGCUACACCGUCUUCUACUCGGCGCACCGCCACGCCGUCGUCACGCUCAGCCCCGGGCAGGGCCGCCUGCGCUCCUCCUCUUCCUCCAGCUCGCCGGGGAGGCACCACCACCUCCUGCCGCCGCUCUCGCAGUUCCUGGCCACCGUCAACGCCGUGCCGCUUCACCACGUGCUGGCCUACGCCGACUUGGCGGAGCCCCCCGGAGAUGACGGCGGCGGUGGAUCCGAGGGCCAGUUGGACGUCGACGAUCCGUUGGGAAUGGACGCGGCGUGGCGGGCCGAGCCGCUGGGCCUCCUCCGCUAGCGGGAGCGGCCCGGGAGGCCUCGCAAGCGACGGCUCUUGGGGGGCGGGGUGGGGGGGAUGCGGGCCCGGGAAGCGGAAGGUCGAUGCGCAGCAAAGGAAACCCGCGGCUCUCGUUGGUCUUGACGAUAACGCGCCCAGGGUGUGUGUCCCCCAGGGCCAUUGCCCAAAGAGUCAGUCUUAUGUAAAUAUAUUUAUUUCCAUCAUAUUCUUUUUUGAGUUCUCAUCGUAAAAGGGUUACGUUUCCUCCAUCCUGUCUAAACUUGCAUUUCUUCAUUUUCAUGGAACCUCUUUUCUUUUCCCAUUUCUACCUCCCCCCUCCCCCCCAAGGCUCUUGAAGAGCUUCCUUUCACGAGCCUUCCCCUCUACCAGUACUGCUCAGUCUCGGCCUUUUGCCUUCUCCAAUAGGUUCCUCUUAGACUGCUCGUUAACUCACGUGAGCGCUUAUUUAUUUUUAUUUCCCCCUACAGCCGAUUUUCUGCAUUUGGCGCCGCUCCCCGUCUCUCAAGACCUUCCUGGUAUCCAUGUCUGCCGAGUGUAACGCUCCACGCACUUCAGUGCUCCACACUAAGGGCCUUCAUUUUCUUCUCUUCGUCCACUCCCUGCUCAUCCACCUUCUUGCUGAAUGCUAAUUUAAUUUGUAGCAAAUCCUAGCUCUGUUCCCCCGAGGGCAUUUACCGUCUCCUAUCAGACUUACUUCCCCGUAUAUAUUUGAAAUGUUCGAUCAUAGUAUUGGCGACGAGAGCGGAGGAUUUACGCAUUCGCGUCAAUAUCUAAUUCGACGAUUCAAGCUCAAAGGUCAAGGGUCGCCGUUCUGGCACCACGGCGGUGACGUCGCUGCGACAUUCCUCCCGCACAUUUUGCAACGCGUCGUCAUCGUCGUCGUAGUGGCGUCUCCAACGGUGCCGCAACGGCACGGCGGAACGUACGCAACGUUUAAAGUCUUUUAGCUGCUUAGGUUAAACAUAAAAGUCGAGGCAGACAGCCCAGGACGCGGGUGCGCUUGGUAUUUAUCAAUAAUAUCGACACGGCGAGAGCCGGUUAUGUUUUCUGAGUUGUGUCUUCCUUUAAGAGGAGGAAGCUCUCUCACUGUGAUCCGCCAGGGAUUUGCGCGGCGAUGGUUUGCGACCCGUUUCGGCGCGACCGCACCACUGGAGGGUUGCAGAAAUCAGCGAGGGCCGUAGCUUCUCUGCAUCCCUCCGCUACUUGAGCAGCCCUGAUUGCACUCGGGAUAACCGAUUCUUUUUUUAUUUUUUAUUUUUCUACUGACGCACAGAGACGAAGAAUGACGGCACAUCUUUUUAUGGACGUGGCUAUAAAUGAAAGCUGCGCUCCGGUCAUCGCGGCACGGCAUCGUGAUGUUGCGAUGUUGGCGAGCGUUUUCGCGCGCGCGCUCUUGGGCACGUGUUCCGUGUUCAUGGGCUUAGUCGUUGAUUAAUUUUGUCCGGGCUCGUCCAGGUCUGUGACCUGCGAAUAACAAUUCCGCGUCCAUCGCAUCACGUGCACCGUACCUCUCCCUCUGGCUGUGGGUUGCUCGUCGCGUGCCACCAGCCGCCCUGGAAAAUAUUCGGCGAUAAUUUAAGCCCUGGGUUUGGGUGUGGAAAUGCCCACUCGUCCACCGUCUGCUCUCCAUGUCACUCCUCUCUUGCUCCCCCACUUCUCUUCAUUACAUUUCUCCCCAUCCUGCAUCCCUCCUACAACCCCCGUCCAUCGUGAUCUCCUUUGUUGUUUUUUUUAGUAUUUUUACCGGCCGCAACAAACGCUUAUCCGCACAAGAUUGCCCCCUUUCACGGGCUCGCGUUGUUAAUUGUGAAAUACGAGGAGGCCAUUGUGUUACCGUGUUCUACCGAAUGGCCUGUGUACAUUUGUGUAUUUUUUGACAAUCUUUGUUCUUACAUACCCCACCUCGUGGGAUGGAGCACACAAAGAGCGAUUGGGUCGGUCGGUCUCGUUUUGAGAAUGUUUGCCAGUGGCAGGCAGUUGGAAUCUGGAGAGAUGGAUAGCCUUAGAGCAGUCAUCGUGGAUAGUUUUUUCUGGACUUCGGUUCUUGUUGUUGUUAUUAUCGACCGGGAAUGUGCACGGUUCACUGGAAUAUGAGCGCAAAAAAACCUCAGCAGCGUCGUUUCCAAAACGUGCCCAUUGUGUUAAUAACAAUGGCAAAUUAUUUACCCAGGACAGCAUCGCGGAGCCUCAAAAGACCCGUUGUCGGGAGGGUUCGGUUGCAAUAUGUCAGACGUUUGGCCAGUACCGUGAGUGGCUGCAGUUGGAAAGAAACCGGUGAGAAACCCCAGCAAGCAUAGCAGGAGGGUGACACUCCCUGGGUAUGCGCCUCCAUCUCGUGGUUACCCAGCAGCCCACGCCUAGGACACCUUGACAUUCCCAGGCGGUCUCUACAUCCAAGAAAAUAACUAACGAGACUGGGUUCAUUCAGACAAAGUUGGUCAUACAUCGAUAUGGUCGUAAUCUCGAGCGUAGCGCGACGACAUUCGUGAUGAACACAAUUUAUAAGGCGUGCGUGUUUCACGAAUCGAAGGCGAUGUUCGAUCGCGAACUCGGGAGGUGUGGAGUGAGAGCUCAGAGUCCCGCCCACCUCCACCACGUGUGCCGGUCCGACACGGCAACUGGAAACAGAUACCAACCGUUUGCCAUCGCCUAAAAGUGGUAAUAUUGUACGUACCGUGGACUCUUUUAAGUGUGCUUAGUUGCAAAUACCUAUGUCUGAAUUGACCGUUGUUGUCCAUUGCGAUCACUAUUGUUGAUGUUGUUGUUAUUCGUGGGAGGGAUGGGAGUGGUUUUUGAGUGAGGGACUAACGUUUGUGGAUUUAUGAAAAGAUGCUACCAACAUAAAAAAAAACCUAACAAUUCGUGGCGACUCACCUAGGCCACGGGCCCAGACUGUCCUCCACCUCCCCCACACAAGUUUGAAGCUGCGAUAACGAGGGAACGUACUUUGAGUUGACUCCCACAUGCAACACGCAUCACGCACAGACACGGGCGUUUGAUUGAAGCUGGAGGAACCCGACGAGCUGCGGAGAUCUUUCCCAAAGGUGUCCAGCCCAAGCUGGCGUCAUGGGGCCCACUCUCGAAGUGAUGUCCUCGCCGGAGCUCUCUCAAGCUCACCAAACGGAGCUCGCUUGAAGCCGGAAUCCCAGCCAACGGGACAGCCCAGCGCACACGUCGUCAUCGAUAGGCAGCUCCGAGUGGAGAGCUUGCCAGGAGUGGCUGGAGGUGAAGAAACAACCUUGAACACCGCCGCCAGGUCGACGUCCGUGGCGGCCCGCAUGCUGCGCACGUUUUAGCUUUAGCGGGCUCUCAAGGGCGGUCGGAGGUGAUGGAGGAGUACGCUCGUGGGGUAUGAAGAAAGGGGACUUGGUUUAAUCGUGUAAUACAAGUUUGCUCAGCUGUGUUUUCCCGAUGGCCAUUGGGUGGGCCACGUGACAUCACGCGUCAUAUGUUUUUGUUUGAUUGACGUCACAAUGUCACGUGCACGGACGUUUUGAUCUCGUGCGGUGGCAUUGUAAAGGUCACGAUGUCUGUACGUGUGACCGCUAAUCUGUAUCUCUUAUCUCUUGGUUAUCUCUCUCAUAUCUCACGAAUUUGCAUCUCUCUCUGUGUCUCAUCUCGGUGGGCCACGACUCUUGGUGGGCAGGCCACUCCAAGAGCCUUCGCGGGUCACAUUUUGGGCCGCAAGCCACCCUGUUCAAGAACCCUAUCAUGCAUACUUUGUGAAACAGCUGCGGUGGAGAUGAUGAGAUGAAACUAAUCAAUGAGGCGAACUCAAAUGAUUUGAGUUAUCCGCGCCGUCGCUCCUCGCGAGCUAUGGACGGUCGUGUGUGGGCGCGCGCACACUUUUGUAAUAAUUUAUAUUU